AUGGCCACCGUGACACUCAGCUGCCCAGAUCUGCUCGCCAAGGCGAUGCCCAUGACACAAGAGCAGAUCGAAGCGGAGCUCUACAUCCCUCAGUUUGACCCCGCCAUUCAUCUUGACUACAAACCUCCUACCCGCCGCCACACUUUUACAGACCUCGGACUCCCAGUGCCGAAAGGAUGUCCUGACAUGUGCUACACGGAGCCUUUCCACCUCUUCUCGGAGGAGGGCAUCCGGAUGAUUCGUCGAGAGGCCUUCAGACGCGAGUUUCUGGAUAAGUAUAUGAAGACGUAUGGAGAGAAAGAGUAUUGCAUUAUCCGCGGGUACGGUGACUCCAAGGGAGAUGGUGUCUUCUUGAAGCAAGCGUGGAACCAUCCUGUCACCCAGGCCGCAGUCAACAGCGCCUACGGGCAUGCCUUGAGGCUUCAGAGCGGCGAGGUCGCCUUAGGGUACAUCAACGUGCAGCUAGGAGACGGCGGCGGCGGAGUCAGCACCCCUUACGAGCUUCCCGAGGAGCCGAUGAAGCCUAAGCCUCCUACGGCCAACUUGGCCUCUGAAGAAGAUCUGGAUGAAGACGAGGUCCUCGAUAUGUGGCACAAGGACAUGGCCCCCGUUGUGAUUGUUCUCAUGCUCAGUGAUACCUCUACUAUGCUCGGCGGCGAGACGGUCAUCAAGAUGGGCGACGGGCGAAUGAAGAAGGUCAAGGGAGCUUCCGUCGGCGGCGCUGUAAUGAUGACGGGCGGAUAUCUCGAGCACUCGGCCAUACGAGUGCGCAACUGCGGUGAGCGUCUGAGUUUGGUCAAUUCUUAUGACUUCCUCGAUCCUGACGCGGACGACACGGCCACAUCGCUGAGGAGCUUCAAUCUGCGCUGCGACAGCCUUGUCAAGGGAAGGAAUACCAUUAUGACGCAGAAGCUCUGGCGGCUUCGAGAGCGGUGCGACCUGGCUAUCAAGCGAGUCAAUGAGCGUGGUGCCGAGGGGGAGACGCCGAGCCAAGAGGAGGUGGAGGCAUGGGUGAGGGACCAGAUUCAUCUUCUCAAGCACACGUCCUGGGAGAUGUUUGAGCGUGUACCUGAUUACGUUGGCAAGGAGCUUCCGGAAAAUGCGUUGCGGAAUUACUUGUCUUGA